AUGUCUGGAAAAGCCCAACAGAAAAAGGCAAAUGCCGUUCCACCACCAAAACAACCAGACGUGGAACUUGAUCCAAAAAUAAAGGAAUCUCGUGAAAUUUCAAGCAAGCAAUUUUAUUUCCUGGUAAAGCUGAAAACCCUGAACAAAAACCUCAACGAGAGCAGAGAUGAGCUUUACAUGAACAAGGCGAUGCGUUAUAAUGUCGACAAGGAUUUUUUGGAACUACUCAAUGAGGCCCAAAAUAGUGACAAUUAA